GCAAUUCUGGCGGACAGAGGGAGAAUUGUCUUCUCCACACGGCAAAUUCUACUCAUCAUAAUUCACUCGUCGAGGAAGACGAGUUUGUUGGGAUUAUAACUUGCUUUUUUUCCCCUGGUGUCCCUGGCGACACAUUUUCCAUCUGAUUGUCGCGGUUUCUCCGGCGGAGCGGCGUUCACCACCAAAUCUGAAGAAGUCGUUUUGAGGCUUCUUGGAGCACCGUGAGCCGAGGUGAGUUGAUGUUCAGCUCGGCUGCACGAGUAAACAACGCUCAUUGGCACAUGAAAACCUCAGACCCUGCUGGACACAUAAGUGCAGUGAGAAGUAGACAGAAAACUACUUCGAGGACCUGGGGCCCCAUCGGAGGUGAACGUUUAAAGGAGGACUCCUGCUCAACCAACUUUUUGACAACAAAGAGGUGACACACAGUAUAAAAGCAUUAUGGGCGGUGGAGAAAGGUACAACAUUCCAGCUUCCAACACAGAGCGCCCGCUUCCAAAGAAGAACCAUCAGCUGGGCCGGGCUAAGCAGAGAAGCCGUGACCAGAAUGGAACAACAACCGCAGCAGCAGCGUCUGCAGGAGGUCUACACCAUAUUAACCAUCGCCGGGGCGACAAGGGCAUGGCCCACCACAGGUCGCCUGAGGCGUGGCAGGCCGCGUCUGCAGAGAAGAAGGCUUCUGUCCGUUUUGCCACCAACUAUGAUCAGGACUGGGGGGGUGCGGUGUCUCACCUGAACACACUGCUUGCCGCCCAGGGAAGUCCAAGCUACGCCGGGCCUAAAUUCAGCGAGCCACCCUCGCCCAGCGUGUUGCCCAAACCGCCCAGUCACUGGGUGUCUUUCCCGAUGGGUUCCUGUGAUAACCGGGAGAUGAUGGCCUUCCAGCUCAAGAGCCUCCUCAAAGUACAGGCCUGAGAAGUAUCACACGAGAUCCUUUAACAAGACGAUGCCUAAGCUGGUUCUCCUCUUGAAGUUGUCAGUCGACCAGGAAAGCUGCAGUGCUGUAGUUAGUACCAGAUUAUUACAGGUUGUCACCAAAUUCAUUUUUUAAGUUUCUGUUCCAUAAAUUCAAGACACUAUUUUCCAACAUUUUAAAUCUUAACCCACAGCAAGACGCGCUUUUACAGCACUGCAGCCUUAUUGGUUGGUGAUUUCUCCAACGGAGUCUGUGAUUAACGAUAAACUGGAUAUUCUUUUGUCAUUUUGUUUUGUUCUUUUCUAAGUUGGCUGUGAAAACAGUGGGUGAAGUUUUUUUUUCCCAAACAAAGGCUCAUCACAGGUAGGGAGGUUUCCAUCGUUUUUAUGGUCCGUUGUUGUGGAGAGAGGAGUUUUUGUUUGUUUUUAUUGACAUGUACCUUUUAGGUUUCAUUCCUUGUUUGGGUUUAAAAAAAACUUCAGCUGCAAUUCUGCAGGGAAAUAUGAUCUUAAUGAAGAUUACAGCUGUAGCCAGUAAAGACAGGUCAAUGAAGCCCAUGCUGAAGGGUAAUUAUAGACCAUAGCACACGGGCCGGGGGGGCUCAUCUCCUGUACCCUUUUUAUUGCGCUGUGCGCAUAUGCACUAUAGGAGGUGGGUUUGUCCUGGGCCCAUAACACACUGUCAUGAUUGAAAUUGUUUUGUACAGUUCCUUUUUGUUAUGGUUGAGAUGUUGUGUAACCAAAGCAUUUUUGUGACUUUUUGGCAUUUUUGUCACUGCCACGUCGACAUGGAGAGAGUGGUGAAUGGGUUGGAGUUCCCCAGGGUCACUGAUUCCACACAGCACUGUUGAUCCUCCUCAGGUCUCGGUCUAUUCUUGAAUGUGUUGUAGCUUUAAUAUGCGGAAGAGGACUUGGCUGAGUUGAGGGAAAAUGUUUGGGUUUUUUUCCCCCCCAAAGUCACACCAAGGUCCUGUUGGCUACAGACAUUUACAAGCAGGGUUAGGUCGAGCUGAGGACGGUUCCUAAAGUGACGGGGCAGUAAAGACGUAUCAGGAGGCGGGAGGGUUGGUGUUUGUUUACAGAACGAUGGGUUUCUUUUAGAGCACCCCAUAAUCAGCAGGCACUUGCUGCCACGGCCUCUGGUUUAAACUUGUUGCACUGCAAUUAGACAAUUUUUCAGUUUUGAUUUGCGUUACAGACCAGGAUGAAUAGAAAACGUGGCGUUCAUGACUAUCUCUAGGCGGAUUAUCUACUUUCCCUUUGCAGAAUUGGACCUGUUUAUGGCCAGCCUUAAGACGACAAAACAAUUUUAGGAGGUUGUGUUUAAGAGCCAUGUAAAUAAUGAAAUGUAAAAAGUACUUGUAGCAUAUGUACAUUUGCAGACUGUUUCAGGUCUGCCUGACAAAAGUAUUUUUAGUAAUAACACUGAAUGUAUAGACAUGCAGAGGUCGUGUCUUGACUUCAAUACUGAAGAAUAUUUUUGUUAAAAAAAAAAAAUCUGCCUUUAGCAUUUGGAAGUACCCUGCACUGUUGACUUUCCAGAGAUCUUGCACAUGUUUUUAUUGUUUUGUAAUAUGCAGUGUAGGGGAAAAGAUGCUAAGGGCACAUUAGGAAAGACUGCAACACAUUUGACAUCUUUGGGAGAGUUGCAUAUGUAAGGAUUGAGUUCUGAGUGCUUACAGUUUGUAAGCGUGAUGUUUUUAAAAAAAAAAAAUUUGGUUGUACCCUGUGCUAAAACAAACUUUUAAACUUCACGAAAAAAAUGGCCAAAUGUUUGCAUCGGCACCACUUCCACUUGACGACUGUUCUUCCGCCAGCCGUCAACUGGAUGUGGUCUCGGUGCAUUUGUUUUAUUUGUUCACAGCCUUGUACGGCACCGUCACCUCUGAAUUUGGAAACUUGUAAAGAAUUGGCUUUGAAUUUGUCCCUCUGUUACGAUGUCACUAAAGACGGUGAGAAAAGAAAACGGCCCCACUUCACUUAAUUGGUUUGAAAAAUACAAUGUAUGAACUGUUGAAUUGAUGAGAUUUUAACCGAAAAAAAUAAAUUCCUUUCCUUGUCCCCCCCUA